UGCUGCUGGUGGGGGUUCAUCCUUUGCCAUGCCUCUGGCCUCAUCCUCUCCAGCUCCAGCUCCAGAGUCCAGCAGUGGAUGAAUUGCCUGCCUGCCUGCCAUCCCAGCUCCCUCUUCCUUCCGCUCUCCAGCCUCGCUCGCUGCGUCCGGGGUCGCUGUCGCAUCAGCAGGCAUAGCAGAGGAUAGUGUGCAGUGGAUUGAGAGAGCGACGUGAGUGAAAGAGAGAGAGAGAAAGAGAGGAGGAAGAGUAAGAGGAGGAGGAGGAGGAGGAGCUAUGGCUAUGGCCGCGGCAGCGACUUGGCCUUCCGCCCGCUUGGUCGCCUGCUCUUCUUCGUGCACAGGAGCAGGAGCAUUGGAGUGCAGGAACAGAGUGGAAUUUUGUGCGGCCUCUUUCCCUUCGGCCAGAGUGUGCAGGGACUCCUCGCGGUCCAAUGUCUGGAGUGUGUUGGGCGGUAGAGUUAACAACACCUGCGGGCGCAAGGAAUGGAGAUGGCAGGCCGUUGCCGAGCAGCUGCAAGCAGAGGCUGAGAGUGAUGAGGGAGUGGAAGAAGCCAUCUCAUCGGACACCCUCGCUAUGCAUUUUGAGGCAGAAGGAACAAUUGCUGACUCUUCAAUACCCAAAUUAACGAAGAACUUGGAGGCCAUUGAGGGUGUAAGCAAUGUGGAGGUGUACAUCUCGGAAGGAGGUGCCACCGUGAGGCUCACGAAGCAAAUGAAUGUUCAAGCUACAGGCGUGGCAUCUGGUCUUGUUGAGGUCAUCACCAAGGGUGGAUUCAAGCUGCAAGCCUUGAACUUAGGAUUCGACGAGGACGGUGAUGAUGACGAAGACUUGUACGAUUACGAUAUGUCUUCCUACAGUGAAGAAGAAGUCGUCGCGGCAGAGUAGAUUUAUUUGAAGUGGAGAUGCUGAGUAUUAAGGAAAGGCUCAUUGGUCUUAGAAAGGCUCAUUGUGUUCCAUUUAUCUUAGCAAUUUCUUUACCACAAGAAGUAGAUUUGAUACCUUAAAGGUAGGAUGAAAUGUUUUCAUUUCAAAUUCAUGUUUCAUAUGGAAAUUCAAUCAUGGUCAAAACAGGUCGCAAUGGUCUAUUUUAUGAAAUAGACAUUACACAAUUUGCACCAUCUUGAAAUGACUUUCUGCCUCAGUUUGAAAUCUUAAUUUUGAAUUUGAUUCAGAUGUU